UUUUUUAUUUCUCAUGAAAUUUUUAUUUUACUGUGUUCUUCUUUGAGCACCUACAGUUUAUUCUAACAUUUAAAUAUUAUUAUCUUUUUCAGUUCCAUUCUUAGUUUUAAAUUUCUGAAUCUAGGUGCAUAUGCUCACCAAAUAAUAGAUAAUUCGGUAUUGUGAUUUGUUUCUGCCUUGUGGUUUUUGUUUACAUUGGGGGAUUGUCAUUACCUGAAAUAUUUUUUCUCUUAUGAUGAAGACGUUGUCUUUGUGUUUGUCAAAAGUUGGCUCUUUGCAAUAAUUUAUUCCUCGUUCCAAAAUACCCUAUUCUAUUAGUGAAGCAAAGGGUAGUUUACUUAAUGGAUGAACUUUUUUUUUUUGGUAGUGCUGAAGGAGGAAUUGAGUGUUUUUAUUUUGUUGUACAAGAUCCUAAAUUUCCCAUACUUACCACCUUUUCCUCCCAACACCCAGUUUCCUAAGGCUAUCUCUCCCUGUCUUUUACCAUAAUAAGUCCCCUCCCUGUAGUCAGUGCUUUAAUCUACCAGAAGUCUUUAUUUAUUUUUUUUCAUAGGUAGUGCAGUCUCCUCUUCUGUCUUCCAUGCAUAUAUUCCCCCACCACCACCCCAAAUCCCCUAGCUCUCUAAAGGAACUUGAUGUGGGAGGCCCAGAGUGGAAACCACUGGGAAGUGGUUUAUAUUUUUCUUUUUACAGGUGAUUUUAAAGUUUAUAGUGUUAGCUUUCUUCUGAUUGUGCCUAAGAAUGGGAUUUUUUGUGAUACUGCUUGUCCUUAGUUUUGAUGUAUAUAAGUUUUUGGGACAGUAUGUAGAGAGAUUCAGAUUUAGCAAACAUUCGGUUACUUUUGUUCCUUAUAAGCCUGGAAAAUCUGCUUCAUGAGAGCAGUUUAUCUUAUUUUUAGUUAAAGCAUAGAAAAAAUUAUUUUGGACAUUUUCUUGAAUCAAAAGUAUUAUGGCAUAUGACAUGGCAUUUGACCUUUUAAAGUGGUUGGAUUUUGCAAAUAAGGGACUUUGGAAUUUUAUUCUUUGACAUAACAGAUCAGUAGAGUAGUUUUUACUAUUUUUCAUGUAAAUUCUGAAUUCCAGAUUGCUCUUACACCUUGUGUGGGAUGUCUAUAAAGUUAGGUUAAAGUUACUACAUAAUACCUUUUAGUGCUUUAAUGAAAUAGUGAAUUAUUGUUACUUGACCUUUUGAAAAGGUCAGUAGUACAUUUUGUUUCAUUUUUUUAAAAGGACAUUUAAAUGUAAUGAAAGUCAGAACUGCAAUAUUACCAUGAAAGUAAAGGUUAGGGGGUACAUUUAAUUGUAUUCCUCUAUUUUUUGAAACCGCUUUGAGGGAGAAUGUGCUAAAAUUCUCGUGGUGAUUGUUUUUCAAGAAUUUUAUUACUCUUUUUCAUUUUAUACUGUUGGAGUAAAAGAUUAUAUUUCUGUUUGUCUUUUUCUGCUUACCUUUGCUCAGAUUUCAUGUGUUAUCCUGUUUAAGGUACAAAGUUUAAGCUGCUUACCCAUUCACUUUCUCAAGAAAGUAAAACUGAAUGUAUUUCUCAGACCUGUCCUUCUUUCCUUGGAAAGACUCGAGUAAAAUCUGGUAUUUUCAAAUGGAAGAGAUUUCCACCUUAAAAUAUUGCUGCCCAAAGAUUUACAAUUGAGAAAUGCAAGAUUGCUGUGUAGUUGGCAGCUGAGAACAAUACUUAAUGGGUAUCAUCAAGUAGUACAACAGAGAAUGCAACACUCUCCUGAUCUAAUGAGCUUCAUGAUGGAAUUGAAGAUGGUUUUGGAAGCUGCUUUAAAGAAUAAACAAGAGCUAUAUGUACCACCUCCUCCUCCCCAGUUCUACUCAAGUGUUGUUGAAGAGAUAGGAACUCUUGGUUGGGAUAAGCUUGUGCAUGUGGAUACUUGCUUUAGUACCAUCAAGUUAAAAGCUGAAGAUGCUUCUGGUAGAGAGCAUCUAAUCACUGUCAAGUUGAAGGCAAAGUAUCCUGCAGAACCACCAGAUUGUAUUGUGGAUUUUCCUGUUUCAUUUUCUGUUUCCUGGACACCACAGAGCUCCUUAAUAAGCAUUCAUAGCCAGUUUUUGGAAGCAUUAGAAUCACUGAAGGCAUUCUGGGAUGUUAUGGAUGAAAUCGAUGAGAAGACUUGGGUACUUGAGCCAGAAAAACCUACACGGAGUGCUACAGCACGCAGAAUUGCAUUAGGGAAUAAUAGUUCAAUAAAUAUAGAGGUAGAUCCCAGGCAUCCUACUAUGCUUCCUGAGUGCUGUUUUCUUGGAGCUGACCACGUGGUAAAACCCCUGGGAAUUAAGCUGAGCAGAAACAUACAUUUGUGGGAUCCAGAAAAUAGUCUGUUACAAAAUUUGAAGGAUGUUUUAGAAAUUGAUUUUCCAGCUCGUGCUAUCCUGGAAAAGUCUGAUUUUUCUAUGGAUUGUGGAAUUUGUUAUGCCUAUCAACUUGAUGGUGUCAUUCCUGAUCAAGUGUGUGAUAAUGCACAGUGUGGACAGUCUUUCCAUCAAGUAUGCUUAUACGAGUGGUUGAGAGGACUGCUGACCAGUAGACAGAGUUUUAAUACCAUAUUUGGUGAAUGUCCGUAUUGUAGUAAGCUAAUUACCUUGAAAAUGACUGGGAGAAGACCCUGAAAUGAAUGCAACAUUUCUGUGGAGACCUGGAAACUUAUAUUAACAAAAGGAUUUUAUUUCAUAUCUUCAGAGAAAAUAUAAAGCAAGACAUACUAAUAUCAAAAGAAAAAGAAUGGUGAAGCCAUAAUAACAUAUAUCUACCUUUGUCUCUUCACUGAGAGUAAACUGGGACAUCAUAGGCCAAAAUCCUGUAGAACUUUCUAAUUCUGUGCCCUCUGUACCAGCUGUAGAUGUAUAUGUGUCCCAAGAUGGACAGCUUGACUUGAACACAUCUGUACUGGUGAAACCUUGAUGGGGUUCAUAAGAGGAAUUUGGGAAUUGUAUACAGCUGGAUCUUUGUGGAGAACUUUUUACUUCAUUCAAAAAUUCUUGAGACUCACAAUAUUUUUGUCUUCUCCUUAUGCUUUCCUAUGAGAAAAUUCAUACGGUGUAUGUUAGGUUUAAGUUAUUCGCAUAUUUAUUUUGUGUACUCUAUAAAAAUGCUAAAUAAAAUUUGUUACACAAGA